AUGGAUACUAUUUCCUUUCCAUACUUCAGGCCUGCUGAAGAAUUGCCAGCACCCCUGCCAACUAUUUCAGAGAUCUUAGCAUCGAAUGAUAUCAUAAAAGGAACAGACACUUGGGCAACUAGAAAAGUCGUACGUAUUAGCGAGCAUUUCGUCGUCAAAUAUGGCAAAUCCAAUGAUGCCAUAGAGGGUCAAAAUCUGCUUUUCCUGGAGCAAAACGGUUUUCAAACCUUUGUUCCCAAAUUGUACGCGAUGUGGAAAGAAAAAGACGGAACACUGUUUCUCGUAAUGGAAUGUUUGCGUGGUGAUACCCUUGAAACAUUAUGGCCGACUCUACAAGAAGCCGACAAAGAUCGCAUCCUCAAGAAAACAGCAAGUAUUUUCACUCAAAUUCGAGAUCUACCGCACAAGGGAUUAUUUGGCUCGGUCGACGAAUGUCAUAUGCCACAUCAUCUAUUCUGGUGGCCCGACUUUCCACCAAAUAUCUCGGGACUAUUCGCCAAUGAGCGGGCCGCCAUUCAAGGUCUUUUAGCAAAAUCUCGAGAAAAUGCGAAAAUGAACGGGCGACAACCUUACUUUGCCGAUAUAUUCGAAGAGCAAUUAUUGAAAGGUCUGGUGAUGGAUAAUAGUCGAGCGCCUGUCUUCACUCAUCCUGACCUACAGAAGAAAAACAUUCUGGUCGAAAUAACGGAAGGCGACAAUGAUGAGAGGGAUUUUCACGUCUCACUGAUUGAUUGGGAAUCCGCGGGUUGGUAUCCAAUAUGGUGGGAAUACUUUGUUGCUUUUAUUGCUUUCAAGUGGCAGGAUGAUUGGUGUAGGAAGGUGAUUAAGGUUGUUAAUGCUUGGCCUGCUGAAAUUGCCCUCAUGAGAAUGGUCUAUUAUGAUUGGUGGCUGUGA